AUGUCCUCCUUUGCUAUGCCACCUCCCCCAAAACCCUUCGCUCAUCGUCGCUCUCAUCGACUCAUCACCACACAUCUUCCUCCGUCACCACCCGCUUCACCGGAGUCAUCAGCAUGCGUUCUUCGUAAGAUGUCCCUGUCCAAGGGUGCAACUUUCCACCAGUCAUCGUCGCCUGCCACGGCUGACGAUCCGGUCCUGAGCAUUGCUCACUUGACUCGUCGCUCUCCCACAUGCUCCUCGGCGACCCUCACCAGCUGGCUCUCUGAAAAAGAAGACGUCACUCAGUCCAUCGUUGACUUCGAGCAAACAUUUUCGGGUGCACGUGGGAAGAAGACAUCAACUCGACGACGGUCAGCGAAAGCUUUCGAGCACCAGGUCUUCCGGGUGUCUUUACCGUCUGACGAGGGACUUGGUUCAUCGAUCAGCCCCGCAAGCGACAAAGGCCUAGCCAAGUCCUUUGAGAGAGGCUUGGACUUGUUGUCAAACAAGGAUAGUGGAUUAGGAACUUCCAUCAGUGACCCAGCGGAGAAGGUUGUGGGAAACACCUCUGAAGAAGACGGUCUGGUCAAAGACUUGAUUCAAGAAGCUGACCAGCUAGACUCAACAUCUCGACGCCUCAGGCAAACAAGCAGCUCACCCGCCACCAAAUCUCCAUCGGCCCUCACUCCCUCUGCCAUUACCCAGAGUAUUGCUCCGUCUCUGAGGUCUUCCGCACGACAUCCGUCACUCAGCUCUUCUGCUCGCAGCAAGAUCAAGGAUUUCAUCAUCACUCCUAUACUUCGCGAAGAUCGAUUCGAAGAACUUCAUCCUCUUGUCACUGCUUUGGGAUCGAAGGCCAACAAGACAAUUCGGUGCCUGCGCGAUCUCGAGCGCAGCUUCAUUUUCCAGCCAUUGACGCUUGACAUCUCAAGAGAGCUGUACCGCGUUUUUGGCGAGUUCACCGUUCAGCUCGUUGUUGAUACAUAUCAACAUCUUUCUGAGUCAGAUCAACGACGUGCCGCUGAUCGCCCUUACGACAACGGCUAUUUCCUGGAUCUGGUCCAGCAAGUUAAUCGACUUGCCUCCCACAUUGGGUCCUCAUCUCGUGCUCAGCAGGCUGGAACUGUUGAAGACGACGAUAUGGCUUUCUCCGCCGAUGACGAGGUCACCUUGGAGGGUGGCCUAGGUCAAACUGGCAAUGAAGCCGAGCUCGUCCGCUGGAAGAAUGGAAAAGGUUAUUCCCUCCGUACAGGCCUGCCGUACGAGCCGACGCCUGGCAUGAAACGACAAAGCAGCGAUGCUUUGGACGAAGAUGUGGCCAGAUCUAUGGCCCGGAGGAAGAAGGGGUAUAUUCCUGAGAUCGUGGAGUUGAAGUGCCACGACAAGACCUGCGACAAGACCUUCACCCGCAAAUGUGAUCUGGCUAAACACGAGAAGACACAUUCUCGUCCCUUCAAGUGCCCGCACGCAGAUUGCAAGUACCACGAGAUGGGUCUCCCGACCGAGAAGGAGCGUGAACGUCAUUUCAACGACAAGCAUGCGAAAGACCCGCAUUUCUACAAGUGCGACUUUUGCGAGUUUCGAACCAAGCGUGAAAGCAACUGCAAGCAACACCAGGAGAAGAAACAUGGUUGGCAUUACGAGCGUGCCAAGGGCAAGGAUAAGGCUGGCUCGGCUGGCUCGGCUGGCUCGACCAAGAUGACACCGGCGCAGACCCCUCGAACCCCCAGUAUGGAUUACUCUUCCAGUCCGGCUGUCUCGACCAGGACCUGGGACGAUGCCAGCUCGCUUGGAGGCAGUCUCGCAGGCAGCGUGUCAACCCCGUUCGAGCAGCCAGCGAACACCUUCGACGCCUAUCAGCAAGCUCCCGUCACCUAUUCAAAUCCAAUCUUCCCACGAGCGGCUCAAUCCAUGUCGUCCAACCAGAUGGAUGACUUUGACUUCAACUCUGCCCCAUUCAACCAUACUUUUCAGCCAGCUCGGGCCUACAUUUCCCCCACCAAUACCACUCCCAUCACCCCUCAUAACAUGAUGACAACUCCUAUCACGCCGGCCUACAGCAACAUCACGGAACCGUCUCCCUAUAGCAACGCGAUGGAUAUCACCAUGGAUUGCGAUCCCACGACGUGGAACUCGGGAUUGCCUACGCCAGGCUCCUUCCUUCAGCCUCAUUCGCGUAAUCCGUCCAUCUCUGACCAUUCUCCCAUGAUUGCUGGUCCAUCCAGGCAGCAGUUCGCCGAUACUCCUCUUCUGGGACAUGAUCCGGAAUUUCCUUCUGGCGACUUCUCACUUUUCGGUGGUGAAAGCAGCAAUGCCUUCUCGAACCCUGCCGCUGCCAGUGCCACUUUAUUUCCUGGUGGGCCUGAGGUCUUUGCUACCCUGGAUAACGAUCCAAUGUUCGACGCAGCCUGGACCGACAGCGACUUCAUCGACUACGACAUGAAGAAUUGA